CUCAAAAAAGUCCUUUUUAGUUUUUCCUUCUCCCUCUCUUUAUUUUCUGUGAAGUUACGUUUUGUUUAUGUUAAAACCCUAGACCAGAGAAGAGGAGCCUUUUUAUUAAUGGUGGUGAUUGGUGAAUCCCUAUUCCGAAGAGAGUAAGAAGGUCUGCUUCCUUUCCCUAUACCAGCAAAUUGACUCAUCUUCCAUUGAUCCCCUACUGAAGCCAGAUCCAUCCUCCUCUCUAGGAACCUACGUGCUCAGUCGCAAUUCUGUAGAGGCGUGGGACAAUUACCGUGAAAGCUGUUAAAUAGAGAAUGAGCACUCUGGCUCAGGGGGCUAAGGGAAUUUCCUCGAGGAAUCGAAGUAAAAAGCCUGUGCCAGACUUGAACGUGGUGCCAAGUGAGAACCGGGACCAGGUUGGAACUUCAGCUCAAGAUGCGACAAAUCAAGUUCAAGUAGGCCAACAAGUGCCUUCUGUAGCUCCGACCAUUGAUGUCGAGGCUCUAGAUGAUGAUGUUGUUGAAUCCUCACCAACGGCUUUCGCUGAAGCCAGGAACAAUGCGCGCAGAACUCGAUCCAGGACUGUUUUUGAUGUGGAGUCAGGACAAACAACGGCUGUGACACCUUGUAGGGGAGAAAAGCGUAGAAGAGUUCCAGUUAUCAACUGUGAUUUGAUUAAUUUGGAAAGCAACAGUGGCUCCAUGAAGAACAAGGUGGAGCCACCUGCAGCGCCACCUCCACCUCCGGAACCAAUCUUUAACUGUCCAAUCUGUAUGUCUCCGUUUGUUGAGGAGACAUCAACCAAAUGCGGACACAUUUUCUGUAAGAAAUGUAUCAAGGCUGCAAUAGCUCGUCAGCCUAAAUGUCCUACUUGCAGGAAAAAAGUCACUGCUAAAGAUCUUAUUAGGGUGUUCCUUCCAUCAACCGGUUGAUACUGAUGUACAGAUAUGCCAUCGCUGUGGUUAAUCAGGAUAGCUUUGAGAUUGAUCGGUGGAACGGGGGGACAGCAGCGGUAGCAUUACAGAUGCAAAAUUGCUUUCGUUUUUUCUGUCUUAAUCUUUCGAUUGGUAUCAGGAACAAGUAGUUUAUCUUAACAUGUGCAAUUGAAACAGAUUUGUCAUGUAUUCAUGAAGUGGCAAAAUCUGUUUUUAUUCGGCCCCUUGAACUUGUGUUGCAGCAGCCGGUGUGUUGCCUGCCUUGUUGUUUCGCUGUUAGAUGGUGUAUAGUAACCGGAAUUUGGAUGGAUUGAAUGCCAGCAGUUUAAUCAAGUGAAAGGUUAUAGACUUAUAGCUUCUUGUCAGUCAGCCAUAUGUGGUUUUUUCAGGUUCGACUUUGCUUGCGCAAGGUAUGGAUGCGUAAUGUGAAUUGCUGAUGCAGAAGUUAAGAGGUUCAUUAUGGUAAAUGUCCUUACACGAGAAGGUAAAAGACGAGGAAUACGAAUAUCUGGUAAUGUAAUGUUAUUACUCUUGGAACUUUUACAUAUCACCCGCUUCGAUAGAAGCAAAUACGAGCUUAAGUAAGGGUUCAUAUUUAUUUAAUACGUCGUCAUCUUUCUGCUGUUCUUCAUGUUUCAAGGAUGGCCGUCGUCUUCUUUGGCAGUUGCAGCUAGGCCAGGCCCUCCUGGGAGUUUCCCUGGUCCAACCCCUGGCCCCACUCCAAUUCCUGGUCCGACUCCUGGUCCAGCCCCACCAAUUCCAGGUCCGAUUCCUGGUCCAACCCCUCCAAUCCCUGGUCCAGCCCCUCCGAUUCCAGGUCCAGCGCCUCCAAUUCCCGGUCCAGCCCCUCCGAUUCCAGGUCCAGCGCCUCCGAUUCCUGGUCCAACCCCUCCGAUCCCAGUGCCGAUUCCACCACCAAGGCCAUGGCCAAGCCAAUGGCCAAGUCCAUGGUGCCAGCCCAAGCCCGGCCAGAGUAGUCCGAAAGGCCAGCUGAAACCGCCCAGGCCUCCGAGCCCGCCUCCGGGCCCAAGGCCGAAGAAGUUCUGUGGCUGGUAAACGUCAGUAGCCUCGUUGGUCCAAACAUCUCUUGCUCCUUGGGCAACCAGUGAGGAACCCAGUACCAGUACCACUACCAGCACCAGCCAUGCCUCCUUGCUCAUGUUUCUCACUCACUAUUCUGCUUCUUCUCUCUCUGUUUUUUUCUCUCUCUCUCCUUUUGCUGCCUUAUGAUGUUGAAGAAUGGCGCCGCAAAUUUAUAGUUCCCAGGGUCAGAGCGAGCCUCAGAGGGGCAGUUGAGGUUGGAUGUAGUUGGCAAUUGAAUGCCAAUUGUCGACCUGCAAAUGGGUAUUUGCCGUUUUGGGGCUGCAUUCUGGUAGUGGUGGAGACGAACAUUUGGAGAAGAGAUGGGAGGAAGUAAUAAGUACACACGAACCAUUCGAUUCCAUUUUGAUUGGGGACGUAAACCAAUUUUUCCUGCACAAGUAGCUAGUUUUGGCAUUUGACUUGAAUCAGUGGAACUGUAGGCCCUGAGCCCAAAUUCUUCGUCAUUACUAGGUUAGGUAGGUGCAUUGCCAACUAAUUAACCUACCUCAGCUACCCAUGGAGAAUGAGGACGUUUCAAC